AUGCGAACAACAAUAUACAGUGGUAACGGAACAACCUACAAUCAUGCAGGCCACCACGGCUCGGAGGCGAUCAACACAGUAUUAAACGACCGCGCGAACCAACGAGUCUCGCGCAUUUACCCGCUAACAGAUUCAGUGUAUGUGGCGCAGACUAAGAAGACUCCCGUGGAAGUGAAAUUCCACCCCUUCACAAGCACGUUUGUGAACGAACCGCGACUAGAGAAACUGUAUCAGGUCACUUUUGCACGCGAGAACUCGGCCCGGUCGUCGCGGAUGGCUCUGAUCUUCUUUUUCAUGUACCUUGUGUUCACGGGGUCAAAUUUGUCCAAUCUCCUUUCGAAAGAUUCGAGUGUUCGCUCCCAAAGUUUCCGGUAUUUCCUGCUGGUGUUUAUUCCGAUCCUUCCGAUCCCUUUGCUCGUUUACAUCAGUCGGAGACGAACAUACGAGAUCCAAUUUCAACGGAUCUACACACUGAUGUUGCUAUGCUGGAGCUUCUCAAUCAUUGCCGGUGGCAUGUUCUCCAUGCUUACGGAGUGGUACAACUACGUGGCCAAGGACGUGGAUGUUAUCCUGGACGAACUGGGGAUCGCAAACGUCGAUGACUCUCGCAUUUUCUAUGUGAACAGCUCGGUGCGAAGUGAUUGGCAGUUCAAGGCGAUCUCCGGCACUCGAGCUGAGGUGUUGCAGGCGUACACUAAGGAGAUUCUACUACCUUCCGCCACUAUGAACAUCAACUUGCUUCGCUUGAUCAUGAUAUUCGUAUUCGUGCCACUGUUACGUAUUGACACACUGCACUUUGCGUUGGUUGGCGUUAUCACCAGUGCCAGUUACAUGGCUUUAACACUGAUCUUCUACCCGGUUACAGACUCGACGCCAUUUAUUCUUAACCGAGUUUUGGUUAUCUGCUUCCCGAUGAUGUUUACUCUAGCCAUGCUGGUUCGUAACCGAGACGUAGAUCGUGUGGUCCGUCAAGACUUUUUACACGUUUGGGCAGUGGAAUUGGAGGCCGAGAAAGCUACUCGAGAGAAGAACUUAAUAGCCGAAGAGAACCGCACCUUAAAGCAGGAGUUAGCGCAACGUGACAGCGAAUUCAACUUGGAUUUGACAUCGCCACUACAUGCCUUACUGGCAGAGCUAAAGUCGUUCCUUGAUACUGUGGACUUGAGUGACGAGGACAUGCAACGUGGUAUGGUUAUCGUUCGUAAUCUAGCACGUCUAGAUCAGAAUCUAUUCGUUCCAGAUAUCAGUGCACAGAUGAAAUCUGAAAAGGAAGUGGACAAUGACACCAAGAACUGGGCUUUAUCUGUGCUUGCACGUAAGGACUAUGCCGAUACUACUCGCUCUGGAGUAGCCAUGUCCCACAGUUCACAUUCCAACUCAAAUAGCAACCGAAGAAGCUGUCGGGAUGGCUUACUUACUGGCGCCGGAGGGAUCGCUAGCUCCAUGGUCAUCGCUCCACUACCAGAUAUGCCUACCUGGGAGGAGCAAACUUUAGUACGAGUAAAGCAACGUAUUCAGCAAGACGGGUGGGAUUUAGACACGCUUCAAAUUGCCGAUCUAACCGGCAACCGGCCACUUAUGUACGUCACCGCAGCAUUGUUCGAGCUGCACGAACUACAUGAAGAAUUCCGCGUCGACCGUGUGGUUCUGCGUAACUUUCUGUACGAACUGGACGAUGGGUACCUCGCCAACCCAUAUCACAACAGUAGCCACGCAGCUGACGUCGUUAACUCGGUGAACUUCCUUAUCACAACGCUAGCGGACGGACAGAUCCGAGAUACGCUGACGAAUCUCGAGUUCUAUGCGGCGCUUGUGGCUGCAGCUAUCCACGAUUUCCGCCAUCCCGGGAAAUCAAACAAUUAUCUUAUCAAGGCAAAACACGACUUGGCUCUGCAAUACAACGACCGCAGUAUCCUGGAGAGCAUGCAUCUCGCAGAGACCUUUUUCAUUAUGCGCAAUCCACUCUGCGAUAUCUUCGGUCGAAUGAAAGAUAAACCGUAUCGAGAAAUCCGGAAAGCUAUCAUUGAGAUGGUGCUGAGUACUGAUUUAUCGAUGCACCUGCAAUUAGUAGGAAACCUCAAGGCAUUGCUACUUCAAGAAGCGACUGCCCUUGCGGCUGGUAGCAGUGGGGUGGGGUUGGGAGGUGUUGUACCCGCUCCAAAACCCGUCACAGACCCCAUGAUGAUUAUGAAGGUUGUCAUUAAGUGUGCUGACAUUGGUCACGCUGCCAAGAAGCGCAAGCUGCAUGUUAUCUGGUCUGCUCUUAUCAUCGAAGAGUUCUUCCUUCAGGGCGACAACGAACGCGCCAACAACUCGGACAUUUCACCUUUCAUGGAUCGACAUUCAGAGAACAGUGCAAAGAACCAAGUCGGGUUUUUCGAGUUCAUUGUACUUCCUUUCUACGACACAGUUGCACAAGUUAUCUUCGCGCCGGAGUUCGGCGCUAUUCACAACAUAGCAAAACAGAACUAUACUUUAUGGAAAGAGGCCGACCGCAGACAGCUCUCGUCUAUCGUGGCCAUCAAGAGCGAGGUCUUCUUGAACGACAAGGUUCAGGUGCCAUCAUAG